CUGAUGGAGAACAGAACAGAGGUGACAGAGUUCAUCCUGCUGGGGCUAACCAAUGUCCCAGAACUACUAGUCCCUCUCUUCAUCAUGAUCACCCUCAUCUACCUCAUCAAUGUCGUUGGGAACCUGGGGAUGGUCCUGCUGAUUCUCUUGGACUCUCAUCUCCACACCCCCAUGUACUUCUUCCUGGGUAAUCUAUCUCUGGCAGACUUUUGCUAUUCCUCAGCUGUCACUCCCACCGCCAUGGCUGGACUCCUUACAGGAAGCAAGGUCAUUUCCUAUCAUGCUUGUGCUGCUCAGACAUUCUUCUUCGGAAGCUUCGCCAGUGUGGAAAAUUUACUCUUGGCGGCAAUGGCUUAUGACCGCUAUUCAGCUGUUUGCAAACCCCUGCAUUACACCACCACCAUGACAUCAACUGUGUGCAUAUGUCUGGCUGUAGGUUGCUAUGCCGGAGGUUUCCUGAAUGCUUCCUUUCACACUGGGGAAACGUUCAGUCUCUCCUUCUGUGAGUCCAAUGUGGUCCAUCACUUUUUCUGUGAUGUCCCAGCCGUCAUGGCUCUGUCUUGCUCUGACAGACAUGUGAAUGAGCAGGUUCUUGUUUAUGUAGCCAGUUUCAAUAUCUUUUUUGCCCUUCUGGUUAUCCUGGUAUCCUACCUAUUCAUAUUCAUCAAUCUUCUAAAGAUGAGUUCCUCCGUGGGAUACCAGAAAGCUUUGUCCACCUGUGCCUCCCACUUUGCUGCAGUUUCCAUUUUCUAUGGGACAAUCAUCUUCAUGUACAUACCACCCAGCUCCAGUCACUCUAUGGACACUGACAAAAUCGCAUCCGUGUUUUACACAAUGGUCAUCCCCAUGCUGAACCCUGUGGUCUACAGCCUGAGGAACAAGGAGGUCAAAAGUGCAUUCAAAAAGGUGAUAGUAAAAGACAAAUAA